UGGAAACGGGACGUGAUGAGAGGCCUCAUUGGACGAGCCUGAGGUUUUGAAUUAACUGAUUUGUUGAGAUUCGCCUCUCUUUGGGCGGAGUGAAUCUGUUCUUCUGUUGUUUACGUCGGGGGACAGUCGGAGAUCGUUUGUGGGGUUAGACGAGGGUUUUUAGUGACAGUUGUAGAUUUGAGCACGAAUUUUCGGGCGAAAGGAGCUCUGAACAGAUUUGGUAGCUGGUGAAGGUUGAGGAUUGUUUUGGGGUCGGGACGCGAUGGCGACUAUGGACGAUUGGGACAGCAUCGGGACGGCGAGGAAGAGUGUCAGUCCGAAAAUGAUUAGCAGGGCACCGGGCAUCGGCGAAGGGGUGGACGAGUACCUGGAACCGCUUUUGAAUAGAGUUCUGAUGGCGAAACCGUUUGGGAUUAAUCUAGCAGCAAUUGAGUUGAGACAGGUCGCUGCCAGCUGUGGCGAUGGCAAAGGGGACAGAUUCAGGAUCUCCAUACCCUAUGCAAAUCAGAAGCUGGACUGGGUGGUCAUGUUCAACUCCAUCUGCCCUGACGAGGGGCCGGACUUCGAGUUCUCUGAUAAGUCGUUCCUCGCUGAUCCAGCUUCACAGAUUCUCGAGGAAUUCAUCCCCAGUCUGUAUCGAUGGAAUCACCUGGAGCCUGAUGCCUUACUGAGAGUGCUGACAGAGCUGGUUUUUCAUUAUAAAAAACACCAGAUCGACCAGCUGAACCAAUUCGGCGAUCGUCUGAACAUAGAGUACAAAGCCCUCCUCUCCGAGACAGAGAUCUGUAGUGAAGACGUGGAACUAAUCCUCCUCCCAAACAGCACCCAGCCCGAGGAAGCGCACUUUCUGAUUCGCAUUGCCAUAGACUUUUCGAAACUCCCAGGGAAGCACGCAGUGAUCAACAGCGACGCCGUACUGCUCCUGGUGACCUUCCAGGGCCCUCAUUGGAAUCGCAUUACCCCUCACCUCUACUUCUCCAAGGACCUCGAGGAGACCUUCGGCGGUUCGAACGCCCUGCACCUGCCAUCCUUCCCUGAGGACAAGAGUCUCAUGGAGUACGUACCUGAAGUGAAAAAAUCCAUAAACGACAAGAUCAACUUGCUCAUCACGACCUUCGAGAAGAAGAGGAAUUUCGUCAAUGCAGUGCUGUGUCUCCAGAGUGUGAGCGUCCUCGAGUACGAUGCUGUUAACUUCGACUAUAUCGUUUGUUUGCUGGCUCAUCAAGACUUCCACUUCCUCCUCCAGUUCCAUCUCCCUCCGACAUUCCCAAGGGACGCCCCGAGGAUCACGAUGCAGUCGAUUUACCACAUGACGUCCAAGACGGAUCUCUUUAAACAUGUGAUGGUUGAUUUCGUCCCUUACAGCCCUCGCUGGGAGCCAGAGAUGAUGUUCACGAAGGCUCUCAAUCAUAUCAUUACGAAGGAGGUCGACAAGUUCAAGAAUAUCUCCAUGAAAUACCGCCGUUGAUAUUUCUUUCAUUAUUCUUUUCGUCGUUAUGAAUAUGUGAUUAAAGUUACUGACUCUUAUGUGAUUCAUAAAUUUAAUAAAUAUAAGUUCAGAGUAA